AUGAAAGAAUGGGAUGUUGUCUUUAACAAACCAAGAGCAACAAUAGUUUCAGAACAAGAAUGUAGACAGAAACUUAAGAAAAUAAAAGUCGUACAAGUUGGCAUGAAGAUGUUAGAUGCUUGGGAUAUCUUAUUGUCAAAGUUAGAAGAUUUUUCAGUUCGAGGUAUAAAGUUCUAUACACCUUCUCCAAACUUCUAUUCUAUCUUCACUGGAUAUAAAUACGAACAAGUAGAAUGGAAAGAAAAUAUUAUAGAAGCUUGGUUAGACCAUGUCAAAGAAAUUAUAUGCAAUGGAAACGAAAGAGUCUAUGAGUAUAUCUUAUGUUGGUUUGCAAACAUCUUACAACAUCCAAGUGCUAAAAAUGAAACUGCUCUCAUUAUAAUUGGAAAACAAGGAACUGGUAAGAACACAUUCUUUACAGAUAUUUUGUGCAAACUGUUAGAGGGCUAUUCGAACCCGAAUAUGACAAACUUAGAAAACAUCUGCGGUAAAUUUAACUCCUCAAUAGAGAAUAUGAAACUUAUAGUUUGCAAUGAACUUCAAAGUAUAGAUACAACAAAAGUUUUGAACUCAGAUGCUUUGAAGAGUCUUAUAACAGACAAAGUUGGAGUUGUUGAAAGAAAAUAUAAAGACCAAAGA